AUGCGGCCUCAAGGUGAUGCUGUGCGCCCACCGCAGCCAGCAAAACCUGACAUGAAUUUGCACAGCGUGGAUGAAAACCCUAUGCCGCAGAAGGGGAUCGCACCGCCUGCAGAAAACCCCAAACCUGCGCAGCUUCCGUCACGCAAGGAGUCAACCAACCCUGUUGCUGAUUCGACUUCAGUUCGAAGAUGA